UUCUCUCCCUCUUGCACUCCGACCGGAGCGUGACUCGGAAAGCGAAAUCUACCCGCCGUUCCUCGUCAAGCAACUAAAUUGAUCACCCGUCCUGUCAUCCCGGAACCCUGUCCAUCUUCAGCCCCCAAGGGCUCGAGCGUGCAUCGAAGCGGCAUCAGAAAGAUCCCCUCUCCACCUCAGCGACACCGCAUAAUCCUGCCUGACCUCGCCUUCCGACCGCUCCUUUCUCCCUCACACUCACAUACACACAAUUGCACCCGCUAUGCAAGCUCGCCAUACGCCGACAGAAGAACACCGCAGCAAGAGAAAGUUCCAGCCCAGCAUCACAAGCUAUUUCGAGGUGCGGGACGAUUUCGAGGAUAACGACGAUCUGCGGGGCCUAGAUCCGAUUACCCGACCGCGACACCAAAACACAAGGACAGCGACACAACAUCAGCACCAGCACAGAGAGAAACUCGCUCCCGACGUCCCGGGCCAAGUACAAGCAGACCUACUCAGCGUCGGCAUGAGGGUGCGAAAGAGCGUGCCGGAAGGCUACAAGAUCCACAAGACAUCCGGCCUACCCUCGAUCCAAACCACCAUGUCGCGACCCACCCUAGCCGUCAAACCACCCCGAGAAGCCGUUCCAGACGAAGUCCUGCACCAGCGAGAACUCCUGCCCUUCUGCGGACUGAACAAAAUCGGCGGCUUUGCAGAGCAACCAACAACAAACCCACACCUCUAUGCCGCGAACGGCACGCCCCCACCACCAAACUACUUCCCCCUCCCCGCCGAAACUUUCACCCAGCCCUUCUCCUCCAAAGCCUCCACAGAUAGCGGAUACUCAACGACCUCGCAACGCCCUCACAACCCGUCGAAACGCUCAUGGCAGGACGAAGAUGAAGUCAGGACAUUAGACACAACCUUCUUCUUCGGCUCAUCAGCGAGGGGCAUGGGCAUGGGUGUUGAAGUCGAUGAAGUGCCUGUUAGCCCGCUGAGCGAAACUCCGCCGCAAGGGCUAAACAUGCAGCCGCCACCUCGUCGCGUCGCGCUGCCCAAGUCGCGUAGGACGGCACAGCGUACCAUCAGCGAUGAUGACAUCGAUAUGGAUUUUGAAAACGCGGCGCAUAUGGAAGGAAGGGUUGGUGCGGGGAGUGGGAGUGAUUUCGAAGAGGCGGACUUCUUAUCAAAAGAGGUGGACAUGGGUGGUAUCUAAAGGGAUGAUAUCACAGGUCGCUUAAGAUGUUCCUUUUAGGCGGGUUGUUCGGUCUCUUUCCUACGGUCGGUCUUCUUGUCGCCCCGGAGCCUUUUCGCUACUUCGCUUCUUGUAUAUACCUUGGUUCACGUCACACAGACAGUCUGUCUUCCCUUUUGGUUCCUUCCUCCGACACGCGAAGCGGUCCUUAUAAGCGGCGCAACAGCGGCGCAACAACGGCGUUCAUGAACAAGCGAUGUAUGUAUGUAACGUCGGCGCGUAUACCCGGUUAUUUUCCUGUCGUCUAGUUGGCAAAUCUACUCCUGGUUUCUCCUCACCAAUCUCCUCAAUCUAGUGACUCGGCACAUUCUCCUUGCAAUAUCUCUCAUUCGUAAGGGUCUUUUUGUCGUCUGGGCUGUUCAUGUUGCAGAAUUUAUGAGUGGCUCGUUUCGCUCUGCUUCAAUCUAACGUAUGCUUUCGGCCAUUCA